AUGCCGGGCCAGGCGGUAUUGGUGAGCACAGCCCGAAGCUACUUCGGUUUGCUGACCUGCCAAAUAAAUCCAUUUUUCCUUACCCUAAGACGUGUCUUCAACUUCCUGGCCCUCUCCAGUGGUGAAGAGCAACGUGGGUUUGUGCCCAGGGGCUGCCCCCGGCCCCUGGCCCCCGUGCCUCCCCCGGCCCCUGGCCCCCGUGCCUCCCCCGGCCCCUGGCCCCCGUGCCUCCCCCGGCCCCUGGCCCCCGUGCCUCCCCCGGCCCCUGGCCCCCGUGCCUCCCCCGGCCCCUGGCCCCCGUGCCUCCCCCGGCCCCUGGCCCCCGUGCCUCCCCCGGCCCCUGGCCCCCGUGCCUCCCCCGGCCCCUGGCCCCCGUGCCUCCCCCGGCCCCUGGCCCCCGUGCCUCCCUCGGCCCCUGGCCCCCGUGCCUCCCUCGGCCCCUGGCCCCCGUGCCUCCCUCGGCCCCUGGCCCCCGUGCCUCCCUCGGCCCCUGGCCCCCGUGCCUCCCUCGGCCCCUGGCCCCCGUGCCUCCCGUAG